AUUCACCGUCCCAAUGGAAGAGGCACCGGGCUGGGUCCCAGCCAUGGGUUUCACACUCCUGCCCCAUGCAGGAGGAUUCUUAGGAAGCAGUAUCACCAGAAAGCAGAUCCCUCUGUGGUACGAAUCUCUGGAGAAGCCAUCCUGGCGGCCGCCCAACUGGGUCUUUGCUCCUGUUUGGGGAACCCUCUACACAUCUAUGGGAUAUGGCUCCUACCUGGUGUGGAAGGAACUGGGGGGCUUCAAUGAGAAGUCUGUGCUUCCACUGGGGCUGUACGCAGGGCAGCUGGCACUAAACUGGGCUUGGACUCCCAUAUUUUUUGGAGCUCACAAAAUGGGAUGGGGGUUGGUGACCCUCCUACUCACCACUGGUACAGCGACAGCUACAACUGCUUCCUGGUACAACAUCAACAGAACAGCAGCGUAUCUGAUGGUUCCUUAUUUAGCUUGGCUAACCAUGGCUUCUGCGCUCAACUACCGCAUCUGGAAGGACAAUCGCAGCAAGAAACAACUGGAAUAAAGAAUUUUCUUAAGAGAAAGACGUCAGCUGAAAG